AUGCAUUGCGGUGCCCAAGCCUUGCGCGCCAUUGCUAGGCAACAGUAUUGGAUCAUCAAUGACAAAACAAUGGCAAGAAGCAUUGUACAUAACUGCGUGCGAUGUACCAGAGUCAAGCCCAAAUUAAUGAGUCAAAUCAUGGGAAAUCUACCGAGCGAGAGAGUCACACAGGCUCGGCCCUUCUUUAACUCUGGAGUAGAUUACUGCGGCCCCAUAUGGAUUCAUCACAAGAUUCGAGGAAAACGUCCCGACAAGGCCUAUAUCGCAGUGUUCUGUUGCUUCGCCACGAAAGCAAUUCAUUUGGAGUUGGUAAGCGACCUCACAACAGACGCCUUUUUGGCCGCUCUCCGCCGGUUUCUUGGACGUCGAGGGAAGUGCCAGACAAUCCAUUGCGAUAAUGCAACAAAUUUUAUUGGAGCCAACAAUAAAUUAAAAGAGCUCGAAACCAGCAUCUUCUCAACCAAUGCGCAGGACUCCAUAGUUCAGCAUUGCAACAAAAGAGAAAUAAACUUCAAAUUCAUUCCCCCACGAGCACCAUCCUUCGGUGGCCUAUGGGAAGCUGCGGUGAAAUCCGCAAAACGGCUGCUAGUAUCAAUUACAGCCACGGCGUCUUUGACGUUUGAAGAACUCAACACUGUGGUCGUUGAAGUUGAAGCGAUCCUCAAUUCACGGCCGAUUACUCCCAUGUCAUCAGACCCCACUGACGAAUCAGCUUUAACGCCAGGACACUUCCUGAUUGGAGAACCACUAACUGCUCCUCCUGAUACCAACAUCAUUCCGGGCGGCAAACCAUUAGUAAAAAGAUGGGAACUGGUAUCACGACUGAAGCACGCCUUUUGGAAACAAUGGUCAUGUGAGUACCUGCAAGAACUUCAGAAUCGACACAAAUGGAAGCAUGCAUCUCCGAAUAUUAAAGAGGGAUUGUUAGUCCUUAUAAAAGAGGACAACGUGCCUGUAAUGAGCUGGCCUAUGGGAAGAGUUCUCAAAACAUAUCCCGGACCGGACAACCUCGUUCGGGUAGUGGAUAUCAAAACGUCAUCUGGAGUAUUCAAGAGACCAGUGACUCGGCUAGCGCCACUGUUCCCAGAAGAAAUCAACAACAAGCACCCAUUAGACGACACCCUCAAGGCGGACCAGUCUGAUGAGCCGCCUGUACAACGCAAAAAGGAAACACUCUCAUCAAUGCCUGUGAUUCUAGCGCUUAUGUUGUUACUUCAGAAUAAGACGGAAAAGGUUCCAGUCAAUGACGGAAAGGUUCCAGUCACGCAAGAACUACACACUUUUGUGGACGCCUCAGAAAAGGCCUAUGGCGCAGCAAUAUACGUCCGAGCAACGUAUAAAAAUAAGCAAACCUCGGUGAGACUGCUAUGUUCCAAGUCCAGAGUAGCACCCACAGCAAAGCAAUCCUUGCCCAGACUAGAGUUGUGCGCAGCAGUCCUAGGCGCAGAACUAACGCACAGAGUCAGACACGGUUGCGGGGUUCUUUUGGACUGA